UGUUCAUUUUUCAAUCUUUUUAUAUUACGGCAAUAGAUUCUGUUUUGGCCGUUCAUCUAUAUUUUUUAAUAUUUUAAUUGUACAAUCUCCCAAGCGUUUCAUUUACGGAAUAGGAGCUUAUUAGUAUAAAUGCUAAAUAAAUUAUUAUAAAAAUUCGUCUGAGCUAACAUGUUUUGUGAUAAAAAUUAAAAUAUUGCGACAAGCGCCCUUUUACAAAUUUUUUAUACAAGAAACUUGAUUAACUAAUAUCAUGUCACCUUUCAGGGCUACCUUUCAUAAUGAUGUGGUGCUGGACAUCGUUGGAUACCGAAGAAAUGGUCACAACGAGAUGGACGAGCCGAUGUUAACGCAACCGCUCAUGUAUAAACGAAUAAAAGAUCACCCUAGUGUUCUAUCCAUCUACAGUGACAAACUGAUUAAGGAGGGCGUGAUAACGGAAGCUUUCGCAAAGGAGGUUGACGAAGACUAUAAUUAAUCGUUUUAAUCCUGCCGCUAUGCGUGUGCACACACAACUUUUUUUUGUGCGUAGGAAAUAGAAAAAUACGUGGGCCAUUGCGAGGAAGAAUUCAGGAAAGCGCAGACCAUCGGCUCGAUGCAAAUGA